UCGGUGGCCGCGCCAGCCGGGAGCGCCGCGAGGUCUCAGACGGGAGACAGAGCUGAGGCGCGUCGGAGCUUACGCGGGUUCAGGUGCGGGCUGUGAGAGCCGCUGGCCCAGGCACAGCAUGGGCUUCCUGACCGCAGUAACCCAAGGCCUAGUGCGAGGAGCGGACAGGAUGAGCAAGUGGACAAGCAAGCGGGGGCCCCGCACCUUCAACAAGGGCCGGGGCGCCAAGGGCACGGGCUUCCUCGCCCCGGGCUGGAAGUUUGUGCAGGUAAAGGAACAGGUCCCAGAAUUUAUCGUCCCAAACCUGACCGGCUUCAAACUCAAGCCCUACGUGAAUUACCGCGCCCCCGCGGGCGCAGACGUGCCGCUGACAGCCAGGGCACUGUUCAUGGAAACAGUUGCGCCCGCUAUCGAAAAGGACUUUAAGGAAGGCACUUUCGACCCUGACAACCUGGAAAAGUACGGCUUCGAACCUACCCAGGAGGGCAAGCUCUUCCAGCUGUAUCCCAAGAACUUUCCACGCUAGAAUCCAGUGAUGACCGCCGUUUGCCUGUGAACCGGAGACUGCACUGACCGAGUGUCAGACUGUGAGUCCCAGAGAGGUGGGAGCUUCCCCGCGUGGCAUUUCUAUUAAAAGCCUUUACUGCUGUCUA